AUGGAAGCCUUGGUCUGUGCGUUCUCUGAGCUGCACAUAAGAGAAGAUUCCGUGAGCUGGGCCCAAGGACUCCCCAGUCACCCCGACACACCAUCCAACAUCUACGAAGGAGGGCUGGGGGCCCAGCAGCAGCAGUGCCCCAGUGCCCAGGGAAGCAAGCCCAAGAACUUCCGGCUGCGCCACCUCCGGGGCCUGGCACUCUACCUACCGGGCCACAUGCAGCCUGCUGGCCAGUGUGAGAGUCACUGGCUGGGCCGGCUCAUGGCUGGGAGCUGCCUCCCGUGGCCUGAGGGCCUGGCCUGGCCCCUGGACCUGCCACAGGGUACUCUGAACCCAGGUAACAGCCACCGUUCAGCCCUUCUGGAAGCUCAGCUGCCCAGGGACAGCCUGGGAAAUACAGCACCCAGUUCCAGCAUGGAUCCAGCCAAGGGUGCCUCCUCCCAGCCUGGUACCCAUGAAGGCUUGGGGUUCAGGCCCAAGAGAUCCUGGCAGGCCUCAGAGGAGUCCACCUGUCCACUGUGCAAGAGGAUCUGCUCUGGGGCUCUGGAGAGGCCGUAG